UCAUGCAAAAGGCCUAUCCUGUUACACUUUAGCGACGGCAUUUUUUGUUGGCUGUGGGUAGAGGAUAUAAAUACACCAGAUUUCUCCUAGAAUACCCAUCGCUUUCAUGUCUGAAUAAUUGAUUUCCGGUGGAAGCUUAUUGGGAUUCCUGUGUGUUUGUGAUGGGUAUUUGAAAGGCGUGCGUAACAUAUUUGGUCAUUAUGAAAAAGCUGUAAAACUUAGUCCAGUGAUGGACCAAGUCCACCUGUGUUGUAUAGAUGUGUUAAUUGGAUCAUUAAACGUCUAAUUGCCAAUUAAUAAGAUUAACAUCACAUAAAUCCAAGCAAAACAACACCUUAGACUAUUAUCACAUUAGCAUAGCGUUUAUCAAAACUAAUAUUGUUCUUGUAAGUGACGUUAAUUUGUUUAAGUAGGUAUGUCCUUGAGUUGAUUAUUGUUAAUAGAAAAGUCGGUCAAGUUUUGCAUGUCUAUCCACACCUCUUCCGUCCAACAUACCAUCAGUUCCUAUUACACAACACUUUGCCUUUUAAAUUAUUCCGAACUAUUCAAAUGAGAAUAUUUGAUUCAUCUUCUGAACGUUUGAACACUCACGUUUGAUCAUCUUCGAACGUUUGAUCACCUAAUCGAGUAUUUGAUCGCUGAGAGCAAUCAGUUGAACAAACAAGUGAUUUAUCUACAAUGCUGACAUUACUUUUCGCAACUUUGACAGGAUCUUCAGAAGUAAAAGAUGAAGACGAUAUCGUGGACCUACUUUCAGCCAUCUCAUCAACUACCGAAUCUACGCCAACAUCCAGGUCACCUACAAAGCCUAAACUAAACAAAAGGGACACCGAUUCUGUUCUUUCGUCCCUUCUCAAUUCCAUUGGUUCUCCUGCAUUUUCAUCAAAUACAAACAGUCUAAAUGAAACUGAUACUAAUGAAAGUGAUUCGGACGUUGGUUCGCCAUUGGUUGAUACAGGUUCUCCCAUACCUGCUUUAGAUAAUAGAACUAGUAAAAGCAUAAAAAGCGAUACUCUUCAAAGGUUCAGCUCGGGUUCAUUAGAAGGUAGAGGAUUAUCUGACAGCUCGACCGAUAGAAUCAAGACCGACUCUGAAGAAAGUUCCGACUCGGAUUAUGACGAUGUUGACGUGUUUGACAUGCUUCAUGAUAACAGUGAGAGGACUAAACAGGAGGAUUCUUCUAUUGGUAACUAUAUUGACCUUCCUCCCCCUUUGCCCACCACGCCCAUUCCAUCAGACGACGAGGAGCUACCGCCACUUCCGCCUAGAAAGGAAUCACUGAAUAGGUCGUCUGACGAUGGGUGGUCUUCUGAAUCUGAUUUGUCAUAUCAACCUAAAGUGAAUGGAUUUGUUUCUUUGCACAGCAGUAGUAGCGAGGGAGAGAUGAUAGCCAAUCCCAAUAAACCUUUAGUUGACGUCAUAUCCGGUGGAAGGUACACGGGUCAUAAGCUAAAAAUGCUGAUUGGUGCAUUACAGACAAAACUAAACUCCAAUGGCCCUUCAGACGAAUUCAAGGCGUUAAGAGAAAUCAAGCCUACUGAUAACUGUGAUGCUGCUAAACAUCCCGACAACAAGGAGAAAAACAGAUACCGCAACGUCUUACCAUUCAAUUCAACGAGAGUUCGGCUAAGUGGGGAUGAUAGUGAAGACUAUAUUAACGCCAGUCAUAUACGAGUACCAGUAGGACAAGACACCUAUCACUACAUAGCGACACAGGGACCAUUACCAAAUACCAUUAAAGACUUUUGGCAGAUGGUUUGGGAACAGGGCGUUGAAGUUAUUGCUAUGGUAACAUUAGAAAAAGAGGGAGGAAAGAUAAAAUGUAGCAAGUACUGGCCUACCACACCAGAUGUUCCGCUCAAUUUACCAAAAUUUCAGGUUUCCCUCGUGGAGGAAAAGACAUCGCAGUCUUUCAUAGAAAGAACCUUAUCGUUAAAACACCGUCAGACUGGUGAGAGCAUUGAAGUAACACACCUCAAUUUCACCACUUGGCCUGACCACGGAGUACCUAAGUGCUCAGUUGAAAUGGUUCAAUUUGUGACUUAUAUGAGGAAUCUGACGUCAUCACAGGCACCUAUCCUGGUACACUGCAGUGCUGGUAUUGGACGGACUGGUGCGCUGAUAACUGUUGAUGUCUCACUUGGUUUAAUAAAAAGAGAUCAAAUGUUUGAUGUCGAUAAGAUCAUUCGUAUUCUUCGUGAACAACGACAAGGCAUGAUACAAACCAAGGAUCAGUAUAUAUUCUGCUACACGGCUUGUCUGGAGGUACUGCGCUCUCUCAAUGGUUAGCGUCCAGCCUUCACUCAAGAUUGUGGUCGCACCUUAUUUUGUGCAGGUUGUAACGUGACAGACGUAACAUCAAUGCAUGCGUGACGCGUUAUCUCUGUACAGUGCGUACUGCCAUGGCGCAUCGAUGGAUAGACCACUUUUAUAUAGCACUAUGAUGUAUGUAGUUCUUCGAUACGUCACGCCGUUUUUUGAAAAGCUUUUACAGAACAGAGAAGACAAGAUUUUGCUGCGCCGUGACAUGACAUCUUCAUCAUCAGAUUCUCUGAUAGUUGUAACGCGCUUGUGCUCUUCUAUAACAAAACUAGAACAAUGAAAUCACAAUUUUAAUUUAUAUUAUAUAUGUAUUGUAAUAAAUAAUCAGAUCUAAAAGAAAGCUGUUGAAUCGUUAAGUGUAUCUCACUUUUGUUAUUGUAUUCA